AGAUAAUCGAAUGGCUCUUUUACUUAUUGGACUUGAACUGUAAACACAUUAAGGGAUUUAAAAUGAAAAUAGCAAUAACUUCAUUCAAGAUAUGGCUGUUACUGGUCCUCAUUGUGACCAUGGUGGCCCUCUCUAGUCAGCAGAAGGAACCAAAGGCACAGAAGCGAAUCAAAAGACGAAUCAAACGGUGUUUGGGAGAGCAUAAUCAGGCGGGUAUAACUAAGAAAAUCGGAGCCACAUGGACAGAGAUAGAAGAAGCGAGCGGAAUAUCUGCAGAGUGUCGCUGCAUCGAAUACAAAGAAUUGCUUUGGUUCAGCUGUGAUGUUCCGGGCUGUAGGGACGCUACAAAGAAGUGUAAAUGGCAGGGUUGCGUAACGGAGGUGGGAGGAGAAUACGAGCCCUAUUAUCCUUUGGAUUCCAAUGUUGUCAAGCCUAAGUUCGAGAUUAUAACCUACCCCCACAGAUGCUUAUGUAAAUGUCUCAAUUCAUCUGAGGCCAGUCAAAGCAGCUACAUAGCCGAUGCACCACAAGACCCGUUCGUCUGGGACUGCGAUUGCGACCAGAAUUGGUAUUACUAUGAUGAGCCUAUAGAAGAAGACAAACAGAAUCAGAAUGAGAUUGAGGAAAGGAAGCGAAGGAAAAGAAGCACAAAUGUGUAAAAUGACUUAUAAUAAGAUUUGAUAAAAUACGUUUUAUAUGCAUAGAUAACAUUGAAACAUGGGUUCAUUUUGUUGUUGAUCCUUGUGCUUUCCUUAAUUUUCCCCUUUCUAUCCCGAUCUGUCUUCUCCCGCCCAAAGGGAUUACUUCAGUUAGACUUGCACUUCAUUUACAAGGUGAUACAUAUUACCUAAUUCUGGUGCCAAUGUAAUGGCCAUGACAUAACAAGGAAGACUUGAAGGUCGAAGGUCACUAGAACGUAAUAAUAUUAUAUUUACAAAAUUGAUUUUGAGGCAAAUUUUUGUAAGGGUCAGCUCUAUCGAGGAUACGGUCAAGGUCAACUGAAAGCUUAACUAUCGAAAACAGGUAUGCAAAUGAUUGCUUUAAUUAAGGAAUAAAGACCGAGAUUUUAUGAUUUAUGGCGUAAUAUAUGACCGAAAAUUUUAUUCUGUUCAUUGUUAAAAGACCGAAAUCACAAAUUUGUUGGUAUUUGGUAUUUUUAAAAAUCAUUUUAAGAUGAAGAAUGGGUAAUGUCAAAUAUAAGACAGUGUCUAAUGACGAUCAAAUGACGUCAUUAAACAGGAUGGGUCAAAAACAUCCAUAAUGUUUGAUGCUUUAUUAUAUGGUAAAUUCUCGUACAGCCCAUGACUUUCAAAAUUGUUUUUUGAAGAUAUAUGGGUCAAUUAUGCAGUUGUUCCUAAUUCCAUUUAUAACAAACACUAUUGCAUAAUUUACUCCUGUAUCUUCAACAAAUAUAUUUCAUAUAUCUUGGAUCAUUCUGAAAAUAUCUAAUCUAUAAAACAUGAGUACUGGGUAUUAGGUGAAAUGAUUAGAGCCAGUACAAAUGGUUUAUAUCAUUUAAAACCCACACUGACUCUUAUGAAAGGUAAACAGUCCAUGGUCCAUUUAAACUUACACUGUACUUUUUUAAUGUAAAAAUUGAUUUCUAAAUGCAUUGAUUAUUCAAUAAUUUUACUAAUCGCAUGAUCUGUAAAAUGAAGCUUUCUGAUUGGUCAGUUCUUUUGCUAUACCAAUCCGUAUUGCUAUUGAGAAUGUCUCCAUUGAUCAUCUCCGUCGCAAUA